AUUUAUUUCCUAAAUUUUUUAAGCCAACAAGCUGUACUUUUCAAAUCAAAAUUUUUAGUUAAAAAAAUCUUUAAUUUAAAAAAAAAAUCUUUCUUAAAAAAAUAUUAAAAAAGUAAAAAAUUCAAAAUGUGUGACCCAUGCUGCCCUCCUUGUGGACCUUGCCCACCCUGCGGACCUUGUGGUCCCUGCAGUCCCUGUGAUCCCUGCUGCGCACCAUUUGAGUGUUCUCCAAAAUGUUACAAUGGUGCGCAAUUAGAUGCUAUUCCCCAAUGUGCCCCACGCAUACCACCUCCAUUACCCAAAUGUAUAACGGUCCAACAGCCCCCGCGUUUAAUUUGUAAAAAGCGGGUAGUUUUUACUGAAAAAGUUAUACCAGAACCUAUGGUCGUUAAUCGUUGUCGUCAAAUAACUAUCCCCAAAGUAGUCGACACUACGAGAGUGAUAAAAGUGCCCAAGCUGACAUGGGUCUCGCAAAUGGUGCGAGAACCUAGAGUUAUAUAUUAUCCCUCGAUGAUACCAGAUCCGUAUGUUGUCUGCUAUCCCAAACGUAUUUGCGAACCGCGAGAAGUUUGUCAAUCGAUAUUAUGUCAGCCCAAACCACAGACAUUAGAUGUACCACCUCCCAGGGAAUAUUGUUGUUAUCCAACGGGUCCGAUUAAUUAUAAACCCAGUGCUGCUUGUCCUCCCUGUCCUAUAGGACCUAAUACACCCUGCGGUCCUUGUGGUCCCUUACCAUGUUUUUCAACCAGCCAAUAUCCCUUGUGUGAGCCUUGCGGCCCGUGUGGUCCUUGUGUUCCAAAUUGUGGACCUUGUGGCAUGACCAUGCCUUCUGGACCCUAUGUUCCCACACCUUGUGGGCCCUCUGGACCUUGCGGGCCUUGUGGACCUUGUAAGCCUUGUUUUCCCGGUUGUCCUUUCGAAGCACCCGAAUGCGGCCCUUGCUAUCCAUGUGCCCCCACUCCUUGGAAUACUCAAUGUGGUCCUUGUGGUCCCUGUGGCCCUCAGGUGCCUUGCGGUCCCUGUGGACCCAGUAUGGGGCCUUGCAAUCCCUGCGGACCAGCUUGCUAAACAAUGUCUUCAUAUGUUUAUAACUGCUCGAGGAAUAUUGUCAAGCCCAAACCCUGUCGUAGUCGUGAGCUACGCUGCGGCAUUAUGUAUACAACUUGUGAUUGCAUCAAACGUAAUGGUCUACAGGACAAAUGUCCUCGAGCUUUAUGUCAAGGUCGUUCUACUUGCAUGUCUUUUCCCACUCCCGGCUGUUGUCCUGCCUCUUUUCCACUGCGUUAUGCUAAUCUUACGAUGGGCGUUAAGAAACGACGUUGUGUUACAUCAUGUUCUCCACCACCACCUUAUGGAAAUUGUGAUGCCCCCACUGCCUGUUGUGGUCCUUCGAAUUCAGCUUGUGGUGCCCCCUCACCAAUACCUUGCUCACCAUCCCCCUUAUGUUGUCCGCCUUUGCCCGAAGCCGGUAUACCGGAUCCAAGAAUUUGGAAUAGCUGUAAUACACCGACCAGCUAUCCAUGUGGUUUUUGAUAUUGCCAUCUAUGGUUUGCAAAUAAGGCAAUUUUUACAGCAAAAUGGGAAACAGAACAAAAAAAAAUUAAUAACAUUUUGAUAAAAAUAAUAAAUUCUUCGUAUAUUAAUAUUUAAGUUUAAA